UAGUAGAGCUCAGUGUGUUGUGGACUGUGAGUGAGGGUGGUUGUACGCUCCUCCCAGGGUGAACUCUCCCUAGUUUUGUCCUCUCGAAACGUCGAGGCGUGAAAACAGGAACGAUUUUGUUCGUAACUCCCCUCGUGCACUAAGACAUGUGUUGUUUCUUUGCUGUAUUAUAGGAUAUUCGUCUUCAGUAUUUUUUUACCUAAAAUUAGUGCACAUUAUUAAAAAAAACUUGUGUUACUGGAACCCACAAGAUAAGACUUCCAAGAUUGGGAUUAAAAAACUACCGCUCCGAGGAAGAAUUUACAGCCUGGUGUGGCCCCUCGCAUCGGUGUGGUCUUAAUUGCUGUGGCCACCCAUACUGGUGUGGCCCGAGUUGAUGAGAUGAGAGGAGUUGAUCGACCCCAAGAAAUGGAAACAUAACUACAGUGAUGUGAGUUGAUUGGCAGAAGUUGAGAGGCGUUUUGGCCAGGUUAUUGGUAGUGGUGAGACGACCCGAGAGAAGAAGUGAAAGAGGAACGCAUCACCGACCACCAGUUAUGGCGACCACCCUAUAGAAGAAUUCCUCCCAAGGCGCCCCUAGACAUGUUAACGUGACUGCACAUCUUCUGACUUUCUCCCCAUUUAUCCUCUCUGUCUUUCCUUUUUUUCUCUCUGUUACCGCUUCCGUCCCUCUUCUUCCAGUAUCUUGUUUUUCCCUCUUUCUCGUUUGUCCUGCAAGAUGAAGUUGAAAGAGCGAGUGGUAAUCGCGGUGAUGACUGGAUUGGUGCUGUUGACGGUUGUGCUGGUACUGGACGUGGAAACCCGCCUCACGUCGGACGACCGCCCGCACACGCCCGCCCACGCCCGCGUCCAAUACGCCUUCCGCCAGCGCCACCUGCAGAAAACCAGCAACGGGUCGCGGGAGGCUUCCCUGGCGGCGGCGGCGUCCGCCCAGCUGAACGCCGCUAACGACGACCCGGCUCACCCGCCCGCGGGCGCCGGUGAGGCGCUGCUGGGCGUCGGCGCCACGAGCGGUCGUGAGGCGCCCAAAUCAACGCCCACCGUACCGCCUGACCCUUACGACGACCUAAUAAAAGUAGUCAUGAAGGUGGAGACUCUCAGCAAGAAGACUCGAAGACGCCGGAAGCAUUGGAACCCCACACUCGGAGAGCUCCUCGGUCUUGACCUGAGGGAGAACGCGACGCUGUGGGAUACCUUCCACCUGGGCAUCUCCAGAGAUGAGCUGUAUGGGUCUGAGGACCCCACUGUCAACAGACUCCUGCAACAGGUGGCCACCAUGCCCAUCACACACAUUACUCAGAAGGAAGGCGGGACACAGCUUAAACUCAUCAUUGAGUUCAUCGACGGUGGACAUGCACUCUUCAAGCCCAUGAGGUUCCCCCGCGAGCAGCAGACUCUCAAGAACCAUUUCUACUUCACUGACUUCGAGCGACACAACGCGGAGAUCGCCGCCUUCCACCUGGACAGGAUGUUGGGAUUCCGGCGAGCGGUGCCUAUCGUGGGUCGCAACGUCAACAUAACCCAGGAACUGUACGCGCUGGCACAGGGCGACCUGCUCAAAACCUUUUUCAUCUCUCCCGAUAACAACCUCUGCUUCCAUGGCAAGUGUAGCUACUACUGCGACACCGCCCACGCCAUCUGCGGCAAUCCCGACAUGCUAGAGGGAUCCUUCGCCAUCUUCCUGCCGGGAAAAGAGGCGGCUCCCCGCAAGGUGUGGCGUCACCCGUGGCGCAGAAGCUAUCACAAGCGACGCAAGGCGCAGUGGGAAGUUGACGACGAUUACUGUGAUCUCGUGAAGGAGGUCCACCCGUAUAAUGAAGGGAGGCGACUUUUGGACAUCAUGGAUAUGUCGGUUCUCGACUUCCUCAUGGGAAACAUGGACCGACAUCAUUACGAAACGUUUAAGAUGUUUGGGAACAACUCUGCCCCACUGCAUCUGGACCAUGGUCGAGGGUUUGGUAAACCCUUCCACGACGAGGUGUCUAUCUUGGCGCCCGUCUACCAGUGCUGUUUGAUCCGACACUCUACUCUCGCCUCUUUAUUAAGGUACCACACGGGUCCUCAUCGUCUGAGUGAAGCAAUGAGGUCGUCUCUAAGCGUCGACCCAGUCAACCCUGUCCUGUGGGAGCCCCACCUUACUGCCUUGGAUCGAAGGCUCAAUAUUAUUCUCCAGGUUAUACGGGAGUGUGUAGAAAAGGCUCAAGAUCCUUUACAUGUUAUUGUUAAUGAUUUUCAUUAAAGGAGCGAGAUGCUCCUUGUUUGGGAAACACGAGAUAAAAAGACUCGCAGACGUGUACGGGAUCAAGGACCACUACCCGUCAAACUCUGGUCUCGUUCGUGAGCCAUUUAUAAAUAAGUGAUAUUCCCAAGUUGAAAAUUACUGUAAUAUUUAUAUAUGAAAUUAAUGUGUGAAUAAUGGACAUUAAGCUGUGAGGGCACAGCUGUCUGUUAGUAUAUUUAUGUUGAGUGUCUGUGAAGGAGAAACAGAAAUUGUCCAAUACUUCACUAUGGUACAUUGUGUGAGCUUGGGUGACGGGUUCUGCAAUUGGAUUUGCACAGUAUUUGUUACACUUCUGUUGAUCAUCACUCAAAAUAGUUUUGAAACUUUAAAAAUGUGUUUGAGGCACGCCAUUUUGGAAAUGUCAGAAACCGCCAAUAAAUUUAAUGGGUGUUACUAUAUUAGUACAGUACCUGUGACUGGUUUCGGGAGUUCUGCUGCUCUUGAGGCUUGGCCUGAGCCCGGACUGGUUGCUAAAAUACGUGUGGUGCUAAAAUCAAGGGAAUGGAAUGUUGUGGUCAGACCCGGCAGCACUGAGGAGAAUUGAAAACUCUUCAGUGGAGGAUAAGAAAUUGAUUAUACUCAUAAGAGAAGCAUUUAAUUUUAGGGUUCAUACAGCGCAUGGGGUGAAUGGGAAGCAGUUAGGUUUGAUCCAAGGGAAGAGGGAGGGCAGCUCCGGUUCCUUGAAUCAAGAGCACCUUCAACAUCAUGAAGAAAUCGAAAGAACCAGGUGUUCCUUCACCCUCACGCGAUCGACCAAUAUUUUGUUUUUAUUUACUCGAUUCAUUACAGCUAAUUUUUGCUUAAACAUUUGACUAGGAAUAUUUAAAAAAAAAUAAAGAAACUAGAUUGAAAUAUUUAUAUAUUAAACUGUACAUCAAGUUCUUGUUUCGUGUAUUAUAUAUAUAUAUAAUUUUGCCUAAAUUAAGUGUAUGGAUAGAUAUGUUCGUGUGAAGUGGCAUAACAAACACAUUGGGAACUGGACAGUAAAAACUUAGUGACCAGAUUGAACUCUGCUAUAAUUACCAUUCAGUUGUAGCUUAAUUUUACCCAUUCCAAAGCCGCCAUAAAUUUAAUUGGCGUUAUUGAAUUUCAGUGAAAAAUACUAAAGUGAUAUUUAGCCUUUGCAGUUAUUUCAACUAUAAAUUUACACUUUUGGCAAAGCAGUUAUUGGUUUAUGGCUAAGAUCACAGGUUCUUCACAUGACACACGUCACACACUAUGAACUCGAUGAUAUAAACAAAUAAAAUCUCCAUAUCUUCACAGUUUUCUGUUGUGUUGCAAGAUUACAGUGUUAUCUGCAUUUCUGGUACUUUACAUUGAGGAAAAUGAUACCGAGUAAUGAACGUUAUAAAGGUCAUUUAAAAAAAAUUAUCAGACCUUUGUAUUAAAUCUCAAAAUUCGAUUCCUCUACCCUGUGUGGCUGCUUUCAUGGUCUUGAUAUGUUUACUUAACACCCAUCACGUAGGAGGGUUUUCGUGGCGUGGGAUAUUCGUUGUUCUCAAAAUGAGAGCAGUAAAUGGAAUUUUCUCAAAGUUUAUAUUAAAUUAUUGUUCAUUAUUAACAGGGACAUGCAGCGUUAUUGAAAAUUUUAUGAAAGUUUCUCAGAUAUUUUAUGAUUAAUAUUUGUUUGUGUUCACUCUGAGAAGUUUGAUAAAUGCAUAAAAUUUAUAUAUAAUUAUAUAUAUAUAUAUAUAUAUAUAUAUAUAUAUAUAUUUUAUAUUAUAUAUAUAUGUGUGUGUGUGUAAUGUUGGUGUAAUAAAAUGUACUUAACAGUGGUCAAAGAGAAGAAAACCCACACGAGACAAACCAGGAAGGAUGAUAGUCCGUGUAUUUCGACCUUUAGCUGAGGUCGAAAGUCACAGCAGCAGAUAUCUGAUAAAGAGACCAUCAGCAGAGAGGCCGAUAUUCAGACCACCAUUCUUCCUCAUUUUUCUCACGUCGGGGAUUUCUUCUCUCACUGACCAGUGUUCAUUACAUUCUGUUGCGCCAGCACAUGAUGUAUAUUUCCUCUAAUUUCAUAAUUACACAAAAUUUUAAAAUUGAAGUUUAUACUUAUUAGAUAAUAUUGGUUGUGCAUUGUAAGAGUCACCAGGAAUCAUUUUUUUCCCUCCAUGCUAAUUUCAACUCAUCAGUGAUGUCAACACGAAAAACUUAUUGCUCAAGAGGAAUGAUAAAUUUGGUUUGACAAAGCAUAAACCCAAAAUAUAAAAUUAUAUUCUCAGCUUCCCAAACUUUUUUUAAAUAGUGUGUGAAAUUCACUUUUUAACAUAUACACUGUGAAGCAAAUGCGGUACUUAAAGCAAAACAAUUCAUUGUUUAGACUGACAACCAAGAAUUUGUACAUUUGAUUAAGACAAUUAUUGAUGGAGUCUCUAAUCAGAGAUGUUAUAAUUAAACCGAACUUGCAACAUUGCUCAUAGUGGAGAUAUAUUACUGGAUUUAUUGGAAAUACAUUACUUUUUAACCUUAAAAAAAAAAGUCGCUGAAAAGGGCUAAGUAUUGUAGCAAGAAAGAAGAAACUAUUUAAAAGAAUUAAUUAUUUUAACAAAAAAACUGAAGUAAAGUCUGCAGGUUAUUUAAGGCAGAUAAGUAACACAGAAAAUUACUAGUCGAAUGUGUGUGAAUAUUACAACUGUUUUGCCAAGACUUGCAUUGGCACUCUGCUAAUGCAUUAAUACUAUGCUCAUGCAUUGGCAAUGCUCACAUGUAUUGACUUUGCUCAUGCAGUGGCACUGUGUUCAUGCAAUAAGAUGUAUGUUACACACUCACUGGUUAUUUAUUUGCACAAAUGUUUAUUACCCAUGUAAAUUUUGUCGUAUUUUUAACUAAUACCAAGACUUUAAAAUUAUUACCAGAAAUCUCUUUUAUACGCUCACACAGCUUCAUGCUGAAGGAGGAGGGGGGGGGGGUGUACAUAUGCAGGCCCAUGAACAAUCCUUUUCGCAUGGUUUAUUUAUAUAUGUUAACCAUGAUCAUGAGUUCACUGAUAGUUUUUUUGAAAAAAAAAAUAUACAUAAAACAUUUUUUUGUGUUUCACAGUACAGGACUCUAGUAAUGCACCACAUGUGCAUCCUAGUAAAUUCAGUUUUGGACCCGCUUGCAAGACAGGAACACUGUUCAGGUUCUUUCAUAUGGUAAUCUUCACUGUCUGGUGGCAUCUGCCCUAUAAUAUUUGAAGUGGUUUUAGGGAUAUUAGGCGUUGUGGGCUUUAGGGUGAACUCAACAUUUGAACUUUGGUGAAGAAUGCCUUAAAAAAUUAUUUGCAUGUAAAAAAAAUAUUUUUUUUUCCGUUUUUUCAUAAACAUUAUUGUUUAAUGGCAUUUCUUCACCAUACUUAGAUGGUGAAUUCCUUCUAUAACACUUUGCUGCUUCCUGAUAAAGAAAUCACCAAUCUACUCCCCACAUGCCUUGUAUUAUAUUACUUCUCAUAAAACAUUCCACCAUCAUUCCUUUUUAUCCAGGUAAUGAAUAUUUAUAUAGUAUAUGUAAGUUUUGUAAUUUAAAGUUGUGUUGAAAUGUUAAGAUUAUACAAAAUUUACAAGUCUAUUUACUUUAAGUAAAGUUGAACAAAAGUGGGAAAUUAUGCAUUUUGGUGCACCAGAAAUAAAGGACCACGAGUCGAAGUGAAAGUCAACAUCUGAACUGUUAUAGCGACAGCCUGCAACACUGUUUAUCUUAAAAAUAUGUAAACAAAAUUAACUUUUUUUUUUUUUUUGCAUUAUCAGUAAUCAUUUAAUGAUGUAUAUAUAUAUAUUUUUUUUGGCGAUGUUCAGAUGUUGACAUCUUCACUUGGUAUUGUAACGUCUUAAAGUUAAUAAAAAUCUCGCACGGAAAAGGUUUUAUACUAAUUGUUAGUUAUUGGCAGUUAGUGUUAAUUAUAACAUUGUUGAGAUUGGUAUCACUGUUGAUUACCGAAAGCAGAAAGGAAUAACAUUUAUGGUAAUGGAAGACUGGAGGAAGUUGUUGGUUAUGGGGAACACAAUGACAAGCAAAACACCAUAAAUGUAUCAGCAAUUCAUUUAUAUGGAUGGGUUAUAUUUUCUUUAUAUCACACUUACUCCCAGUUUAUACGUGUGUACUUGUGUGUGUGUGUGUGUGGAGGAAUAUUGCCCAUGGUUACACGUGAGGAGUCACGUUAAAAGUACCCAUUGUAUUCACAAUUGUCCAGAUGUGUAAACAAUUUUUUUUUAAAGUUGCGGUGCAUUCAUUUUUAAUUUCAUAAGCAUUUAGCGUGGGCAUCAAAUGAAGAAAUAUCUGCAUCUCAUAGUAGCUAUCACGACAGAGAUUAUUUAACACUUCAGGCAUAUAUAAUGAGUGUUUCAUGUAUAUCUCAGUGAGGCAUAUUUUCAUAUUUAGUUUGUACAUAGAAUAGACCUACAAGAAGUUAUGCAUGAAGCUGAUGAGCAUUGUGUGUGCCCUAGAGAAUUAGUGAGAAGGCUGAAUGUUGGUGAAUAGCCGUACUGCAUAGAGUAUAUUUUGUGAUAUGGCAAUAUUAAAGUAGGAUUAAGGAUAUUAUUUUCUUAGUCUAUUAUUACAUUUGCUCUAUUUAUAUUAAAAAAAUACUGUAGGUAAGAGGCAGCGUGUAGAUCAAUUAUUUUACUGUUGAAAUUGCCAGUUUGGCCGAGUGUUAACGUGGCGCUGCAGCAGCAGUUGUGUAUACCGUAAGCGCAGUUUCCUCCUCGACAAGGGCUGUGAUCUAACUUUUUAGUUUAUUUUUUAGACUGUUAAUAUCAUAAUCUUUUGCGAAAAAGUGUUUUUUCUUGAAGUUUGAUGAUGAUAAAGUGAGAUAUUAUCGAGAACGCUGAAAUUAAAAAUGUCGUAGUUAUUGUAUACAAAGUGGUCGUUAAUAUCUGAAACUAUAAUUUAGUUUAUAAUUUUAUUAUAAAAAAUAUAGCUAUUGAAAUGUAUGUCAUAGGAAAAAAAAUGUUUGUCCAUAACUUACAAGUUGAGAGCUCAAGACAUCUCACUUGUAUGUUUCUUGUACAACCUGACUUUUGUUUUUGGGGUAAUAUUAAAAUAUUGUUUCUAAUACUGUGAAAAUUCCUUUCAGCUAGUAGAUGUGCAAUUGUUUAUCUGUAAGAAUCCUCUGCGAAUUUGUAAAUUCUGUUACGCUUAAGACUGACUGGUGGGUCCUGUCCAUCAGAUGCAGUAUUUACAUUGCUCGAAGCCUGAGCCUUUUAAGUUUGUAACCAAAUAAAAUCAAAGCUAAAUUGUGACCCUAAGCCAAUUGGCUGGUGGUCGUGAGGGUAUUGUUUCAAUGAAUUCUUGAAGUGCAGGAAUCCCACUUUAUCUUCCCUCCUUAUAUCAGUCUUCCAUGUCAUAUUAAUUCUACUUCUCAGCUAGAAAACCUUUGUAGUUUGUAUCAAAUGUAUAUUAUAGAAAACAGAGCUCCUUACAUGUUUCAUUGAAAAAAAAAUACAGAAAAUAUAUUUUCUUUGAGUCAUUUCAGCAAAUUAUUGUACUGGAACAUCUAACUUAGUUAUUGAAACGAAAAUUAUAUAUAUAUAUAUGUCGUGCCGAAUAGGCAGAACUUGCUAUCUUGGCUUAAAUAGCAUCGCUCAUCUUGCCAUAUAGGAUAAGUGAAAAUUUGUGUAUGCAAUAAUUUCGCCAAAAUCAUUCUGAAUCUAGCGAAAAAAAUAUAUUUCGCUGUGUUUGAUUAGUAUUAAAUUAUUGUAAACAAAUCUAAAAUAUAUUUCGUUGGGUUAGGCUAAAAUAAAUUGUUCUUGUUAUAAUAAGGUUAGGUAAGUUUUCAAAGAUUCUUUUGGAGCAGAAUUAAAAUUUUUUACAUUAACAUUAAUGAAAAAAAUAUAUCUUUAAACGUAUAAGAGAAAAUUUUAGCAAGAACUCAUUUAAAAUUAAGUCCUUUCUAAUUGACCAGUUUUACAUAUUCGGCACGACAUUAUAUAUAUAUAUAUUACACGCACACAUGGGUUAGAGCAGGAUUAACCCGUACAAUCCAUAUCAAAGAACACUACUUAAACCACACAGCCAGACCUCAAAUAAUUAUGGACUUCCCGUUAAUACAAGGCGUUGUUUCCCCAUACCCCGGAGCACCAGGCUUGUGUUUAAGCUAUUUCAUCUCAUCCUGCAUUUGUCCACAAAGGAUUUUUAGAAUGCUCAACAAUUAUCGAACGACCGAGGUUGGAGAUAAUGUAAAUAAUUUCGCUCAUUCAUGAACUGUUAUUAUUAUUAUUAUAAUCAAGGGGGAGCGCUAAACCCGUAGGAUUAUACAGCGCCUGGGGGGCUGUGGAAACCAUUCAGGCUUAAUUCGGGGAACCGGAGCAGAGAUGCAAUUCCCUAAAUCAAGAGCCCCUCACCAUCAUCAAGGAACCUUCCCUGAGGGGUCGUGAACUGUUAAGCAGUCUAAAAUUCUCUCACGAGCCAAUACAUGUGGCAGGAUGAGACGAAAUAAGCCUAGUGCUCCAGAAAACCAUCACCUUGUGUCAGCUAGGCGCCCGUACUUACCCGUUAUCUGGCUGUGUGGUACAAGCACUGUAUACGGUGUUACAGUGCAUGGAAGUUCGAAUCCUGAGCUGGUCUGAGAUAAUGUUUGUAAAUAAUUUCGCUCGUUUGCAAAUUUAAGCAACUGUGAAAUAUUUAAAGACUUGAGGAAAAGUUAUAAAAUUGGUGCUAAGCUUUCCAGAACAGUUGAAAAAUCGUCAUGUGUAUAGAAAGAGAACAAAUAUAACUUCACUCAGCUUCCUUGUUUUUUCCUCGAGAGGAAAUGGGAUGGAAAACAUAUCUGGGGAAAAAUCAUCAUUGUUAAUGUAGGAUAAAUGCUCGCUAAA